CCCCUGCGUGCGCAUGCGUGGAAGAAGAAGCUGAGCCUAUGUUUUGCCCUCGGCCAUGGUCGUGUCCUCUGUCUCCCGCUUUGCGUCCAAAUACCGCCCAGCGCCUCUAGCGAGCUUGCCGCCUCAGCUGGACCCCAACGAAUACCAAUGGACCCCCGAGAAACGCCGCGCGGAAGCCGAGCGGGUCGCCCUCCGCUCCCGCAUCAAGCGCGACUACUUCCUGCGGCUCAAUGACCCUCGGCGGACGCAGCUCCUCGAAGAUCCUGCUGUAAUUCGUUGGGAUUAUGCCAGAAGGCAAAACGUGUAUCCUAGUUAUCGUUUUACUCCUAAAAGUUCCCUAUUGAGUCUUCUUUGGGGAGCAGGGCCCUUUGUUUUCUGGUAUUAUGUCUUGAAAACCAAUAGGGAUUAUAAAGAAAGACUCAAAUCAGAAGGCAGAUAUGACGAGGGAUUCCGUACUGGCUAUUAAGUCUAUGUGUGAAAAUUAUGUAUAAAAAUCUUGCUGGAGAAACUUUAUUUCUCUGUAAGUCUACUUUCAAAAUAAACCUUACUAAAUAAAUUAUGGUUUAUUUCAUGUCAAUAGUAUUACUUUAUAGAGAGACCUGAUGAAUUAAUAACAAUUUUUAUUUUUUAAAAUAAAGCAAACUAUUUCUUUUUCUCCUUCCCAGUUCCCAUAAUGGCCUGCAAUUAUGUCAUUGAAAUCCAACCCUUAUAUGAUUGAUUUUCCAUAUCCCUAAGAAUUUUUUUAAAAAAAAUUAAAAAAACUAUUUAGACAUUUGAACAUAAUGUUCCUUUAAUUUCUUAGUUCAACGGGAUGUGGGUAUUUUCAUCUUGAACUGUUCACAUCAUAAUUUAUGGGUUUGUUUCAAGUAUUUGAUAAAUUCCUUUCUCAUAACAGUUCCUACUGUAUUAGUGACAAUGGAGAAAAAUUUACAUUGUAGUUGCAUCUUUAUGUUUCUGUCUGACAGAUCCAUUGCUUUUUUAAAAUGUGUUCUAAACUUUCUCUAACCUGGUUCAGAUGGUGUGAAGGAAUUCUCACAGAAAUACUGCACUGUGCAGAGUAUUUUGAAUAAAAAUGUAACUGUACAAUACUUCAGAUUCAGAAUUAUAAAGGGUCCAUGAAGAGGAUCCAAAAUGGUGACAAACUAGCAGCUUUGGAAAUAAGCUUUCAGUUGUACGUCUGGCUUAACCCAGCACUCCAAAAUGCCACACAAAGGCAAGAAAAGAACCACACAAGACCUAACAAAGUUACUGGAACCCAUAAAUCUUAACAACCUAGAGUCAUAAAGUGCUUCGGAGUCAGCAACCUGUUGUUAAACCAGUAGGAUCCCACCCCUGCCGACCUGGGAUUUAACUUGGCACAAGUCCAGGUUACUUGAUGAACUGUCUCAUCCCAUUGGAACAGGCCCACCCACUUGCAUUGGCAGAGGAGGUAUGCUGUGGGCCCAGUCAUUCAGUCUGUCAAGGAAUCCCAGUUGGCACAGUCCAGGAGAAGAGUGGCUCCUGCCCUGUCGACCAUCGUGCCAUUUGAGAUGAGGUUGACUCCCUCUCUUCUGACCUUCUGUAAGGCCUGAAGACCUUGCUCUGCCAGAUGGCUUGAUGACCCAGCGAGGGCAUCAUGCUGGAUGUGAUAGAUGAAUUAAGAGGCAAUCCCACUUUCUCCUCCUGCACAUCCUGUUCCUUCCAUUUUUAACUAUAAUUCUAUUUUUCAUUGUAGUUUCUAUUUUUCUUGUCUUAAAAAUAUUUUUCUUUUAUGAUUUUAAUGUUUUUAAUGCUGUAAGCCACUCAGUCACUUUGAAACGGGAUGGGCAGGAAAUAAAGUUAAUAAAUAAAUGUGUGUAUAUUUCAGUCUGUAGCAAUAUAUAGCCCUAAUAAUCACCACUUUAAUUUGUUUGAUGGGCAUGGUAGUAAUUAGUCCGUAUAUAGAUCUUGUUCAAAAACAUGAAUUGACACAAUUAUUAUUCCUUUGUUUGCAUCCAUUUUUUUCUGUAUAGUUAUUUCAUAUACAACCCAGGAUAAGCUGCCAUGUGGAAAUACCUCUUGAAAGCUUAGCAGUGUGUGAAUAAAUGUUAUCAACAUUUAUCCCUGCUAUCGCUAAACAAAUUAUUCUAGCUUAUCUAGCUCUUUCCUAACGGCUAUCAGAAAGGCAGCAUCUCAACUCUACUUGAGUUGCACUUGCAACAACCCUUACAAAAGUAGAUCCCUCAUUCUCACAUUCUGGGAAGAGAGUCUGCAUCAGUGCCCUCUGGCUGCCAUCUGGAGUACAUUUUAAUAAUCUCCAAUACAACCAUGUAGGUGUCAAUUUCCGUGUUGACAUUCCACGCAUAACGUCGGCAGAGCUGGAUCUCAGAUUACAGUAGCUGGUUUGAGACGUGUGUAUUUAUUGGGUAACGUGAUUUAUGACACAGAGUGAGGGGAGGAAAGGAAGAGGGGCAAAGUUCAGAAGCAGAUAGACAAAGCGAAAGAAAUGUCUGCGAAUAAGAAUUGCCUAAUGAAGCUGUUAAUAAAUUGCUAGUUUUUGUAUAAGAGACAUUGGCUCUUAUUAUGUGUUCGUUACAGCAUCAUUAGGAACAUUUACAGUAAGUCGCCAUUCAAAGUUCUUGCCCAGCCUCAAAGUCACUUCUCACAGCAUCAGUUCUAGCUAAUUGUCCAGUGCUGGAAUGCAUUGCAGAAAGUUUUGGGGAAUGGUUUCUGCAGUCCUUGUCUUGAUCUGGCCCAUUUUCAAUUGUUACCUGUGUCUUUCCUCCAACUCCAACCCUACACUUGACCCUGUUCUGUUUUGAAGUUAUCUUAUUGACAAGCCAAAUUGUAAUCCCCUUCACCUAAUCUUUUCCUCAAGUUCUACUAGGCUGGAAAGAAUUUUAAAAAG